CCUGGGCGCCCCAGGUCACUGCAGCUGCCGAGGGCAGAGUGCUGGCCUGCGCGGACCCGAAGGGGCAGGUGGGGUCCAGGCCCCCGCCCGGGCGGCGGGGCAGAAGGCGCCGCUGGGGGCCGCCCGUGCGCCAGCUUGGCCGGCCCAGGGCUGAGCCGUGAGCUCCCGGCUCCGCACUCCGAGACACCGACACCGGCGGCGGCUGCGGCGGCGGCGGCAGCAGCAGCAGCAGUCUCCUCCGCUGUGAAUAGGAAUGCGGAACCAGCGCCCGAGCCGAGGCCGCCGGAGCCCGGGCGCCGGGGCUGCGACGAUGGAAGGCGCGCCGUUCCGGCGGACGAUGGCAUAGUGCCUGGGUCCCCGCCCUGGCUACCUCGCGCUGCAGCCUGGAGCCUCCCCGCGCAUCGGCCCCCGCCCCCGCGCCCCCCAUGCCGCACCAGCGGCAGGCAAUUAGGUAGCCCUUCGUCCCACCCCCACCUCUCCGUCCCCCCUCCCCCCACCCCCACCCCAAGAAGAUUAUUUAGAGAAGCGGUGGCGGGGGCAGCAGCGGCGGCGGCAGCAGCAGCAGCAGAAGAGACAGCGGGAGACGCCGGAGCGAGCGCCCGGCUCCAGCACCACCCAUGGCGAAGGAGAAGAAGAGGGCUCUACUCGAGCUCCUGCACCGAGACGGCAACCAGCUGUGCGCGGACUGCGGGGCACCGGAUCCAGACUGGGCCUCGUACACCCUUGGAGUAUUCAUUUGCCUGAGCUGUUCAGGAAUACAUCGCAACAUCCCCCAUGUCAGCAAAGUGAAGUCGGUCCGUUUGGAUGCUUGGGAUGAAGCACAAGUGGAGUUUAUGGCUUGCAAUGGAAAUAAUGCAGGAAGGGCCAAGUAUGAAUUGAAAAUGCCAUCAUUUUACUACAAGCCAACGUUUUCCGACUGUCAACUCCUCCGAGAACAGUGGAUCCGAGCCAAGUAUGAAAGGAAGGAAUUCAUUUACACGGAGAAGCAGGAGCCCUAUUCUGCAGGAUACCGAGAAGGAUUUCUCUGGAAACGAGGUCGGGACAAUGGGCAGUUCCUAAGUCGGAAGUUUGUGUUGACUGAACGAGAAGGGGCUCUGAAAUAUUUCAACAAAAAUGAUGCAAAGGAGCCCAAAGCAAUGAUGAAGAUCGAACAUUUAAACGCCACCUUCCAGCCGGCCAAAAUUGGGAACCCGCACGGCCUGCAGAUCACCUACCUGAAGGACAACAGCACCAGGAAUAUUUUUGUGUAUCAUGAAGAUGGCAAGGAAAUUGUGGACUGGUUCAAUGCCAUCCGGGCAGCCCGAUUCCAUUACUUACAAGUGGCGUUCCCCGGGGCCAGCGAUGUUGAUCUUGUGCCAAAACUGUCUAGAAACUACCUGAAGGAAGGCUACAUGGAGAAAACAGGACCAAAGCAAACCGAAGGCUUCAAGAAACGCUGGUUCACCAUGGAUGAUAGGCGGCUCAUGUAUUUCAAAGACCCUCUGGAUGCUUUUGCCAGAGGGGAAGUUUUCAUUGGCAGUAAGGAAAACAGCUACACGGUUCUCGAGGGUCUUCCCCCUUCCACCCAGGGCCACCACUGGCAACACGGCAUCACUAUCGUCACCCCCGACCGAAAGUUCCUUUUUGCCUGUGAGACAGAAGGUGACCAACGGGAAUGGAUGGCAGCUUUUCAGAAAGUGAUUAAUAGGCCAAUGCUGCCUCAGGAGUAUGCAGUGGAAGCCCAUUUCAAACAUAAACCUUAAAGAAAGAUUGACUUUGAGGGAUCCAAGGACACUCAAUUCUGUUUACAGAACAACCCGGUUUUAUUUGACAUGUAAAAAAACAGAGGAAAAAAAAGGACAAGCAUCCAGCUGAUCCUGUUGGGAGCCAACACGGGGAGUGGGUUGGUGAAGGCAGAUGUCCCAAGACUGAUGAAAGAAAAUGGAGCAACCUCUUCUCCCUGGAAUAUCUCCCCUGUUGUCACAGGGCCUGAUUUUUUGCAAGCAUCUGCUGUUUCCAGUGGCUAUGUUCUCACAACCAUUGUGUAUGCCUCACUCUAUUAGAAAAGGGACACUGACUGACGGCCUCACUGCCUUGCAUCCACUUUGGGGAGGGGGUAGGAAUCUGAACUCAAGGUCUGGGGCUGCCCCUGGGUCUUGAUGCCCAGUUCUGCUUCCAAGUUCUGCCCCUGCCAUUGGACCCAAGUUUUUACUUUAUGGCAGUGGCUCUUAGGAAGUUCAAGGAUGAAGGAUCUAUUUAUUGGAAACCUAAUUAGCUCAGACCUAAUGCUGCUGUCUGGGGAGGGAGGUGAGGGAGUCUGGGGAACUGAACCUUAGGGAUUGGCCAUGAUACUUGGGAAACUCCUCUCUUCCAUUGGCAAAAAGUGCUUCCUAUCUGGGUCUGUGUGAAUGCCCUCCAAGAUCAGAUUUAUUUUAGCACAGUCUCAAGAGUGAAUUCUAGAAAUGAAUCUUGCAUAUGUUCUAGUUGUGGUGAAUGAUGGGGACACUUGUGGGCCAAGAAGUGAAGGAGAUAGGCAUGGAAUUUGUCCUGCCCCAAAAGAAGCUCUAGAGGGUACCUGGGGAGUCCAGGCUAGUUUUCCUAGAGAUAGGUCCCAAGGUUGUGUAAGAACUGAUUGGAGAAGAACUGUGGGGAAGACAGGAGUUUGGUAUAAAGUGGGCAUCUAGGACCACCCCCUCUCUUGUCAAGAAUUAGAAGGCUAAAGGGAAAAAAAAUAACUUUAAGGUAUUUGUGUGCCUUUUCAUCUUGCAUGCAUUUACCUAUGCUGGUUACACCUGGGCAGUUAUUCACAUUGGUCCUCGGGCAUUUUUGCAUCUCCCUGUCAAAAAAGAAAAAAGAACCUGGCAGGAGAGGGGAUGCUGGAAUCCCUAAGCUCCACUUCCUGCUAUAUUUGAUGUGUAUGUGGCCAGGCCAGGCUUUGCACAUCAAAACAGUAAAUCAGCAAGAAAAGGGGCAUUUGGGAGACCAUUGCAGCUUUCUCACUCCCUGUGGCCAGUCUUAGGUCUCUGUGCUUGAGGGUUUUCAGCUCCCUCCAUAAGUGUGAUGUGGGCAUUAAUAAAGAUGGACACUUUCAUGAUGAGAAA